CAAGACUCCCUCCGCUGCAUCGGAGCUAAAGAUUGUUCUUUUGGGGAAAAGUGAAUAUGAAAAGACAAAGUUGGCAAACUUCAUCAUCAGGGACCAAGUUUUCACUUCAGCUCACAGUCGGUGUGUAGCCGCCUGCGGAGAGUGGAGAGGAAAACCAUUCACAGUGGUGAAAACUCCAGACAUGUCUGGAGAGACAGUGAGAAGAGAGGUGAGGACUCUGUGUCCUACUGCACCUACUGUCCUGCUGCUGAUGGUCAAUGCUGGUUUCAAUGAGGAGGACAGAGAAACACUGAUGUCCAUCCUCCCUUUGUUUGGUCAAGAUGCUGUUAAAUACUCGAUGGUCAUAAUAAACCAUGACUACAACACAUUGACUGUCCCUCUGGUUGAGCUCCUCAGAGCCUGUAGAGGGAGACACUACUGUGUGAAGGAUGAGGACCAGGGGGAGUUAAUGAAGAAGGUUGAGAACAUUGUGCAUGAAAACAAAGAAUCCGUCCUCGGUGUGAGACCAUCAUUGAACAUGGUUCUGUGUGGGAGCAGAGGAGCAGGGUUGACCUCAGCAGCUGAGGACUUUUUGGGUCAGACUGAGGUUGGGUCCUCAUCAGAGUGUGGACAUCAGGUGUCUCUGGUGCAGCUUCCUGCUCUGUAUGGAAAACGUCUGGAGGCCUCGAUGAAGGCAUCAUUCAGGUGUGUCUCCCUCUGUGAUCCUGAGGGCGUCCACGCCUUCGUCCUGGUCUUACCUGUGGGUCCUCUCACGGAUGAAGACAAGGGAGAGAUCGAGACCAUCCAGAGAGUGUUCAGCUCUUGUGUCAAUGACUUCACUUUGAUUCUGUUCACGGUGGAUUCAGAUCCUACUGAUCCAGCUGUUGUUGACUUUCUAAAGAAAACCAAGGACAUCCAGGAGCUCCGUCAGCGCUGUGGAGAAAGAUGUGUUGUGGUCAACAUGAAGGACAAGCAGCAGAUCACUGAGGUGUUGGACACUGUGGAAAAGAUGAAACACAAUAAGCACAAACCAUCCAGCUACACAACAGAAACAUUCACACAGGCCCAAACAUCAACGAUUGUCAACCUACAGGCUGAACUUCGGAUGCUUAAAGGCAAAAGACAGAACAUCUGUGAUGAAGACACACAGAGACCAGAGUGUCUCAGGAUUGUGCUGAUAGGGAAGACUGGCUGUGGAAAGAGCUCCUCUGGAAACACCAUUCUGGGAAGACAGGAGUUUAAAUCCGAACUCAGUCAAAUGUCGGUCACCAAACGUUGUAAGAAAGCACAGAGUAAAGUGGACGGUCGUCCUGUGGUGGUGGUCGACACUCCGGGACUGUUUGACACUUCUUUGUCCCAUGAAGAGGUUUAUGAGGAGCUGUUGGAAUGUGUCAGUCUUCUGGCUCCAGGACCUCACGUGUUCCUGCUGGUGAUACAAAUUGAUAGAUUCACAGAAGAAGAGAAGAAGACGUUGAAACUCAUCAAGAAAGGCUUUGGGAAGAGUUUUGAAAAGUUCACCAUCGUUCUUUUAACUGGAGGAGACAAACUGGAGAAAGAACAGCAGUCCAUCGAAGACUUCAUUGAAAAGAAAAGUGACGUUUUCUUUCAGAGGCUGAUUUCUGACUGUGGAGGACGAUACCAUGUGUUUAAUAACUAUGAUCAACACAACCACACACAGGUCCGUGAGCUGAUAGGCAAGAUCUGCAUCAUGGUGAAGGAAAAUGGAGGCAGCUGCUUCACUAAUGAGAUGCUGCAAGAGAGCAACGCAGCACUGCAGAAAGAAAUGGAAAGAAUCAUGAAGGAGAACCAAGAGAUGAGGAGAGAGAUGGAGGAACUAGAAAGAAAACAUGAAGAAGAAAUACGAGUGAUGAAAAACAGAAUGGAAAAACAAAGAGAGGAAAGUGAAUUGGAGAGAAAACUAAGUGAGAAACAGCUGAAGGAGAAGGAGGAAAACAUCAAGGAGCUUGAAGACAGAAUGAAAGAACAAGGGAAGAGAGAUGAAGACAGGAAGAGGAAAGAGCUGGAAGAGAUGCAGCGACAGGAGUGGGAAGAAAAACUGGAAGCUUUGGAGAAACAAAUCAAAUCCACAGAAACAAUUGAUAAAGAGUUGGUGCAGAGUAGAGAAGAGUUGAGGAAAGAACGAGAGAUCUGGGAAAAGGAGAGAAAAGACUGGUGGGAGAAAAGAAAUUGGGAAGUUUUGGAAAGUCAACACGAGGAGAAAAUUAAACUUACAAAGCUCCAAGAAGAAUUUGAACUGGAGAAAGAAAAAUAUGAAAAGAAACGAAGAGAAGAUCGCCUCAGAAUAGAACAAGAGGAGAAUGAGAGAAAAGAAGUGGAGGAAAAAUACAAGAAACAACUGGAAGAAAUAAAGAAAAAACAUGAAGAGGAGGCGAGAACACAAGCUGAAGAACUCAACAAGUUCAAAUAUAAAUACGAUGAAGAACUUGAAGCUCUGAAGCUGCAGCAUGAGAAAGAACGGAAAGUGACAGAACAGAAACACAGCAACGAGUACAAGGUGUUACAGAACCUGUCGAGGCACAAAGAAAAAGAACUGAAAGAAGAGAUGAAAAGAAAAGAGAAAGAACAACAGGAUCAGAUAAGGAUGGAAAGAAAACACAUGAAAGAACUGGAAGACUUGAAGCGAGAGCAUGAAGACGAAUUAAAAAAUCUGAAAAAGAAAUACAGAAAAAAAUGCAAAAUCUCGUGAUGAUGCAGGAACUGAGCAUCAGUGAAUCAUUGAUGAACAGAUGUGAGAGUCACGACUAUUUUCUAUUCAUCUAUUACUUCAAAAACAUUCAAACUGUAUUUCCACUGGAUCAAAAUCCCUUUUGUAUCAGAGCUGAGACUCCUCAGGUCGGUGAGCUGAGAGAUUAGAUCAUAUGAACACAAGUGAGAAGGCCGGCAACACUGACGCUAACACAGGAGAGAACACAGUCAGUGUGUGUGGAGCUGGAGGAGAAGGUGAUAUUCUGAUGAUGGAGACAGAGGAGCAGUGAAUUACUGACGGAGCAUUCUGUAAAAAUGACCAUGACCCAUGAACACUGUGAGCAGAUUCCCUGAUCACUAUAACCACACGAUUCCCGCAGCACAGGAGCGACUCUGUGUGAAGCUGCUGAUCCCUGACAACUGUCGGGAAACACAAAUGACAAAUAAAGAUGAAAACUGGACCUCGAUGUCGGACAUUUCUGAAAAACAUGAGCAAAUGUCAAAGCUUUCAACCCUGAGCUUUUAGAGGAGCUGAGGUUAGAGGUCGUCUGAAGUGUGGAGGUUCUCCACAAGAUGGCGUCUGCUCCGCAUAGAGAAAAGUGAAAACCACAGUUGAUGUUUCCACAUAUAGAUUGUGUAACAUGUGUUACUCACUGAGUUCAGGCUGUUUCCUGUGACUGAUGUUAGAGUUCAUUCAUUCACUGAUUCUAAUGUUUUGGUCAACUCUGUGUGUGAAGACUCAGAAACUUCUUAAUGAA